GGGUCCGGCCGUCUUCGCCAGUUCUCGUCCGGAGGCGCAAGGGACACGACGUCCGUGUAUAUCUCGCCUUUGCAGUGCUCGGCGUCGAGUGUGUUGUGUUGUUUUUGUGAUUCCCUGCGACACAAAUUCCUUUCUCUUCGUGAGGGAAUCAGCCUGGCAUCUUGUGCCUGCUAGUUUGGAGUUCCAAGUGUCCUACGCUGUGGGAAAUUAAGUGCCGUGUGUUUACUUUUGCGAUUGUGGAUUUUUUCUUCACCUGGAGUAAGGCGUCUGCUGCACUUGAGACGUUGACCUUUACCCGAGGUCUAUUCGAGCUUUGAAAGACUCACGCGUCGCUGGAUGCGGACAGUGGCGGCGCACCGCCUAGCACCAGAGCUCCGCGCAGGUGUCUAGAACCUGUCGAAAAUUGGAUCGAGUACGAGACCCGGUGAGGCCGAGGUGCCUGCGGGGCAUGCAUCCGGACCGGUAGGAGUCCGACAUCGCCGCUCUGUCCACCUGGAGCAGCGACCCGGGGCGGCGGACGGCGGCAUGGCCAACAGCGUCGGCGGCGGCCCCGGUGGCGCGGGCCCUGGCGGCGGUGGCGGCGGCCCGGCGACCGCGCCUCACGCCGGCCCCGGGGGCGGCCCAGGAGGGGGCGGGGGCCACCGCCGCCAGGAGUCCAUGUACGCGCUGACCGGCCUGUACGCGGACGCGUCCAACAGCAGCGGCAGCGAUGGCGAGCGGGGCGGCCAGACCAGCAAGGACGCCCCGUUCCACAAGGGCCACUCGAGGAACGCGUCGCUAGGCCUCGCUGAAAGAAAGGAAAAAUGCCACCGACGGACAGCCUCUUUGGGCGUUGUUCCAGAGAAAUCCCACCACCAUGGUAACGCUCACCACCACCACAUUAGGAACUCAUCUCUCGGACGAUUCGAGCACAAUACCGUCAAGUGCCACAUUCGGAAUCUGUCGGGAGGUUUUGUACCCCCAACGUUUGUGCCUGCCACCCUGGUAGAAAGGAGUGAAAAAUCUCAUCCGUCAUACCCAGAAAUUCCAACAAUACUUCUAUCAGAAUCUCAAGACUGUGGUAUAUUGUCAUGUAGGCCUCAAAUGGUGCAGCAAUUUGCUACCAUAAAAGUGUUUGUGUUCCUCUUGUCAUUUUUAGUUACAUUGCAACAAGCAUUAUCAUCAGGGUACAUUAACUCGGUUAUCACAACUAUAGAAAAAAGGUUUGAAAUUCCAUCCAGCUUAUCAGGUCUUAUAGCCUCAUCAUAUGAAAUAGGAAAUGUUAUCACUGUGAUUUUUGUUAGCUACCUUGGUAGCCGUAGGCACAUUCCAGUAUGGAUUGCCAUAGGUGCUGUAAUCAUGGGCAUUGGGUCCCUUAUAUUUAUGGUGCCCCACUUUAUAGCUGAGCCUCAUGGCAGCUCUUCAUUGAGUAACCUAUCUAAUGAUAAUAUAUGUAAAGGAGUGUCAAUUAGAGAGCAGGAUAUGGGACUGGGUCGCUUGUCUACUGGCUUGUCGUCUCCUCCCCUCUCACCUCACAAUAACCUGCGUGGGGAUAACUGCAUACAGGGUACACCAUCAACAGCUGGACCAGUUCUGCUGUUUGUAGUUGCACAGCUACUGCUUGGCUGUGGUGGGUCCCCCCUUUUCACUCUGGGGACCACAUAUAUCGAUGACCAUGUCAGACCAGAGAGUGCUUCACUGUACAUCGGCUGUAUGUACAGUAUGGCUGCAUUUGGACCAGUACUUGGUUUUUUGUUGGGAGCCUACCUGCUCAGCUUUCACAUGGAUUCAUUUUCAAGCCUUCCAGUAACAAUUGAUCCAGGCGAUCACAGAUGGGUGGGAAUGUGGUGGGGAGGAUUUUUACUUUGCGGAUUGUUGCUCAUACUUGUUGCUGUACCAUUCUUUUCAUUCCCAAAGAUUCUAACUAGGGAAAAAGAAAAGAUUAGACUAGUUGAAAAGUCCCUACCUCACACUGAUUCAAAACUAAAGCCUCAAAAAUCAUUGGCUGAUGGAGUUGCAAAUGGCUCUCCUGAAAAUGGUGAUUCAGGCUAUGGAAAAGAUAUCAAAGACAUACCAAGGAGUAUGUGGCGGCUUGUUACAAACCCUGUAUAUGUUGUGACAUGCCUUGGUGCUUGUAUGGAACUUGUUAUUGUAUCUGGAUUUGUAGUAUUUCUGCCUAAGUAUCUUGAAACUCAAUUUAGCUUAGGUAAAAGUCAAGCCAGCAUAUUUACAGGAUCCAUUGCAAUACCUGGAGCAUGCAUCGGCAUUUUCUUCGGUGGUUGUUUGUUGAAGAGAUUGGAGUUAAGACCCAAAGGAGCUGUCCAGUUUGUUCUUAUAUCUAACACAGUAUGUUUAGCUUGCUAUGGCCUCUUGUUUUUCCUCGGAUGUGAUAAUGUUAAAAUGGCUGGAACAACUAUUCCUUACUUCAAUAAUUCUCAUGAGGCUCCAUUCACAGUAAAUUUGACUGCGGCCUGCAAUUUUGGUUGUGAGUGCCGUUUAAAUGAUGUGGAGCCAGUCUGUGGAAACAAUGGAUUGACUUAUUUCAGUCCCUGUCAUGCAGGUUGUACUGCAUUAACAUCUCGAUCAAACUACACAAAUUGUGCUUGUAUUCAUGGGAACAUGACCUUACCUCCGGGAGCAGCCAGUGGUGGGGACUUUGCUGAAGUCACAGUCGUUCCGGUUGCAACAGCUGGGCCUUGCAGUUCACCAUGCAAAACAAUAUUCCCAUUCCUAAUACUUCUCUUUUUUAUGACUUUUGUUGUGGCUGUCACUCAAAUGCCUCUGCUGAUGAUUGUUCUAAGGUCUGUCAAUGAAGAAGAACGGUCAUUUGCAUUAGGCAUGCAGUUUGUUAUUUUUAGACUGUUUGGGUACAUUCCGGCUCCUAUUCUUUUUGGUAACCUUAUUGAUUCAACCUGCAUUUUAUGGAAACAAACUUGUGGAGAGAAAGGCGGUAGAUGCCUAUUGUAUGAUAUUGAGCAGUUCAGAUACAAGUAUGUUGGUUUAUGUGCGGGAAUUAAAAUCCUAGCACUUGUUCUCUUUUCAUUGGAUUGGUGGCUUGUAAGGCGACGUAAACAACUUGAGGAUCAUCAAGAGCUCUCUGUUCAUGAAAUUGUUGGCUCCAUAAUUAGCUUGGAUAAAUUAUUUGAGGAAAAGUCAGGUACUUUGCCUCGGGACACUCAGUUGUCACCUUUGCCAUCAAACCACUCAGAGCAGCCAAGCGCAUCGCUCACAGCUUCCCCUGCCAGCACUACCUACAGCAUGGUUGCAUCUCAGGCAUUAGAGAGACGGUUGUCAGGAGACACACCUCUUACCACCCCUCGCCUCAGUCAAGAAAUGGAAGUUCAUCGAAGGCAACGUGCAAGGAGAGACCUUGUUGAUCGAAGGCCAUCGAACACAUCUUCAACGUCUACCUCAUCACCUCUUCCCCACUUAAGUGGCAACAUUAACCGUGCUCUUGUGUUGGGUGAAGGGCCAGAUGUUGACAGUGGCUUGAGUACAGAAGUGUCAGCACUAUGAUGCUACUGACUUAUAUUAAACAGAAUUUAUAUUUUUAUCCAAGAAACUAAAAAAGAAAAAUUGUGAUGUUUUCUAGAAUUAUACUGUGUCGAUUAUGGUGUCCCAUGCAAUGUUUUGAUGAGUCUGUUAAGUGCUCAGUGCUAUUACGCACUCAUGGAUGCUUUGUGGUGUCUACAAAAGAGCAUGUGUGAUUUAGAUGUUUAUAUUUUACAAGUGAUUUCUUUCCAUUACACUCAAUCAUAGAUGUAUAUUAUAAUUUUUUAAAGUCAUUAAUGAACUGAGUAUGUAUAAAUAGAGGAAUGUUUAACUUUAGUAAAGCCUAUUUGUAUAUGUGAUGUGUGAAUGAAUGGUUAUUGUUGUUUACUGUCAAAUUAUUAUUGUGCUUAGACGCCGGCACAAAUCAUAUGAAAAAUUGCAAAUUCUCUUGUGUUGUUGACUUUUUAAGUAGAAUCUAAUUGUUUAGAGGGUGCAACAAGGGAUCUGAUAAUGCACCUGAGUCCUUCAGUAACAAGUAAAUAUGUCAAUUACUGCUAUAAAAAUAUAUUGCAUUGCUUUAUCUUUGGUGUGCACAAGUUGUGUGUUAAACAGAAAUUUCCUUUGGAUUGUUGCACUUCAUCUCACUUUGUUUUAACUGUUGAUGAUGUAUAACUGUUACAUACAAAUUUCUCCACAUAUAGACCGAUUUUGAAAAAUCCGUAUGCACAUGUGAUAUUGAUUGUAGGUAUUUAUCUCUUGACACAAAUUUUCUAUUCCCAAAACUGUGCAUCUGUUAAAUUCCUUAAUUGUUGUAUGCUUUACUAUUGUGGCAUUUAUUGUACUUAAAAGGCUUAACCUACAAGCUUUUAAAAAAACGGUACAAGCAAAUGUGUUUUCCAUUAAAAAUGUGUUGUAUGUAUAGUAUCACACUUACUUUGCUAAAACAUUUUUACAUUUAUAGUUAACUCCCAUCUACAUUAGAUGUCUAUGUUAUUUUAAAAUGUUAAUUUAUUUUGGCUCAUGUGUAGUUGCAAUGGUUGUUAUUUGGCUAAUUUUGGGGAGUACUUCUUUUUUCAAACUGGUUAUAGUCUUUCAUGAUCUUGACAUUUAACAUUGAAUGUCAAUACACAAUGGUAGACCAGUAUGAAAAAACUGCUACAAUUGUUUUCCCACCUAUAGAAUUUGAAGGACAAUGAACAUCAAAAUUUAAUACAUGAUUUGAAAUAGGGACUUAAUUUUUUUAAUAUUAUCACUGAGAAAGUUGCAGUUUCAUUCUGUUACUUCUUUAAUUAAUUAAUUUCUUUAUAAAUUGACAUAAGGUGUAUGAUUUGCCAUGAUGUAAAUUUACCCAGCGAGCAAUCAUCAAUCAAAUUUACAUCAAACUGACGGGAAUUGGUCAAAAUUUUGUCAAAACUGGGACAUUUUUACAUUAAAAUUUCAUUUGUGGCUUAAGAUUGAUGUCAAAUUGAUGUGCCUGGAUGAGCGCUGCUCGUUGGGUUACUUUUCCACAUACACGUGAUUUUUAAGAAACGUAUAUGUUUGAAUUUGGAUGAGAAAGGAUAUUGAAAGGUUAUCAUAUCCAUAUUGUGAUAGACUGUCCAUAAACACACGUGAAACCCUGAAGAGUACUAAUAAAGUUCUCUCACCAUUGUGAUUCAUAGAAAAAGCUGAAUGAUGAAAGACUGCACCUAUGAAUGUUUAAAGCAGAAAUAAAUUUCUGAAAAUCUUUAA